AUGAAAACGCUCCUGUUUGAUGUUUUGGCCCUGAUGGUCUUGAUCCCUUGGCCAGGGGCCACAGAAGAGCUAUUUGAGGUUUCUGUUUGGCCAAAUCAGGCCCUGGUGGAGUAUGGACAGUCCCUAACGGUCAACUGCAGCACCACCUGUCCAGAGCCAGGACCCAGUGGAAUUGAGACCUUCUUAAAGAAAACCCAAGGGGGCAAAGGGCCUCAGUGGAAAGAGUUUCUCCUGGAGGAUGUCACAAAGAAUUCUGUCCUGCAGUGCUUCUUCUCUUGUGCAGGGAUCCAAAAGGACAUAAGCCUUGGCAUCACUGUGUAUGAGCCACCAAAGGAGGUGAUUCUAGAGCUGCAGCCUACAUGGGUGUCCAUGGAUGAAACCUUUACAGUGACAUGCCACGUGCCUAGUGUAGCACCCUUGGAGAACCUCACCCUUGCCCUUCUCCAGGGUAACCAAGAACUGUAUAGAAAUAACUUUGUGAGCUUGGCUGUGGCCUCCCAAAGAGCUGAGGUCACCAUCAGUGUCAGAGCCCAAAGGGAGAAUGACAGGUGCAGUUUCUCCUGCCGCGCAGAGCUGGACUUGAGUUCACAAGGUGGAAGGCUCUUUCAAAGAACCUCAUUCAUCAAAGUACUCUGGAUUUUUGAAUUCUCUGAGAGCCCCCAGAUCUGGAUCUCUUCACUUGUGGAGGUUGGAAUGGCAGAGACUGUGAGCUGUGAGGUGGCUAGGGUGUUUCCUGCCAAAGAAGUUAUGUUCCACAUGUUUCUGGGAGAUCAGGAGGUGAGCCUCUUCCUCUCCUGGGAGGGGGACACAGCAUGGGCCAAUGCCACCAUUCGGGCAAUGGAGACUGGUGACCAGGAGCUGUCCUGCCUCGUAUCUCUGGGUCCAAUGGAACAGAAAACAAGAAAGCCAGUGCCUGUCUACAGUUUCCCUCCACCAACCCUGGAGCUAGGAGAAUCACAUCCGUUGGCAGGGACAGACAUUAACGUGACCUGCUCAGGGCAUGUAUUAAUAUCACCCAGCCCUACUCUUCGGCUUCAGGGAGCCCCAGAUCUCCCUGCCCCUGGGAAGCCUGUUUGGGCUUCUCUUACUGCCAGAGAGGAAGAUGAUGGCCGAAAUUUCUCCUGCAAGGCCUCUUUGGAGGUGGAGGGUCAGCAGUUGAUUAAAACCACUGUGAUCUAGCUCCACAUCUUAUACAAGCCGCAGUUAGAGGAGUCUGAUUGCCCUGGCAACCAGAGGUGGGUAGAAGGGAUGGAGCAGAUGCUUGCCUGCAUCCCAAAGGGAAACCCAGCUCCAGCCUUGGUGUGUACCUGGAACGGGGUCACCUUCAACCUUGAUGUGCUGCAGAAGGCAACCCAGAACCACACUGGAACCUACUGCUGCACGGCCACUAACCAGCUGGGUGUUAGCAAAGACAUUGCUGUUGUCGUUGAAGGAUUGGAUGAAGGAGUCAGCUCUACCAUCUUCAUCAUUAUCAUCAUCAUCCUCGGAGUGGGUGUAAUCACUGUAGCACUAUAUUUGAACUAUCGGCCCUGCAAAAUAGAGAGGAGGAAAUUGCCCUAUGGGCAGAAAGAGAAGAACAAAGAGAAGGAAAGCCAGUUUGCUGUUCAACAAGCAGAAAAGUGCAACUCACAUAAUUGUUGA